UAACAGUUUUUUAUUCCAAUUGUCUCCAAAAUUAUUAAAAUAGGGUGGAAAAAGAAAUUCAAUGAACAGCCAAACCAGCUAAACUGAAAGAAUCAAACUGCAGCAGCUAUAGCCAUAGCUUGGUGAGGAAGAGACUUGACUUUCUCUCCAUGGAUAAAUAUAUAUAAAAGAGAAAAUUAAGCAUAGAGACAGAGAAACAGAGGGAAAGAGAAGAAAAAGAAGAAGAAAAAGAAGAAGAAGAAGAAGCAGAGAAGCAGAAAAUGAUGAUGUGCAAAUCAGUUGGAGAAGAGGUGGACAAAGUAUAUAAUAGCCGGCAGGUGGUGAAGAUUGCAGUGAUUUUUGUGGGUUUGGCUGUGGCAUGCUUUGUUCUAUCCAACUAUUCAGUGUCCAGAUCUUAUAUUUUGGACCAAUUCUUUGCCAGAAACUCUACUACUGGCUCUGGGGGAAAAAUCAACAAGACUUUAGACAUGGUUCUAGAAAAUGCAUCAAUGAAGAACAACAAAACAGUGAUCAUAACAACCCUAAAUGAUGCAUGGGCAGAGCCUAAUUCAGUAUUUGAUCUGUUUCUUGAGAGUUUUCACAUAGGAAACGACACAGAGAGGCUGUUGAAACAUUUAGUGGUAAUAUGUUGGGAUGAGAAGGCUUAUAAUCGCUGCUUGGCUUUACAUCCUCAUUGCUAUUACCUUCAGACAGAAGGAGCAAACUUUACAAGCGAGGCAUUUUUCAUGAACCAAGAUUACUUACAGAUGAUGUGGAGGAGGAUUGAGUUUUUGAUUACUAUCCUAGAGAAGGGAUACAGCUUCAUAUUUACGGAUAAUGAUAUAAUGUGGCUGCGUGAUCCAUUUUUACAAUUUUAUCCAGAUGCAGAGUUUCAAAUUGCAUGUGAUUACUUCUUAGGAAAUUCUUACGAUGUAAAUAAUGCACCAAAUGGAGGAUUUAAUUAUGUAAAAUCUAACAAUCGGACGAUUCAAUUUUACAAGUACUGGUACAACUCCAGAUUGACGUAUCCAGGUCUUCAUGACCAAGAUGUAUUUAACAGCAUAAAAUAUGAUCGCAUUACAGACAUUGGACUACAGUUAAGAUUUCUUGAUACUGCUUACUUUGGCGGGUUUUGUCAGCCUAGUAGAGAUCUUCGUCUAGUUUGUACAAUGCAUUCAAAUUGUUGUGUUGGUGUAGAAAACAAAGUUCAUGAUCUUACGAUUUUGCUUGAGGAUUGGAGAAAAUUUUUGACAUUGGAUCCAACUAACCAAACAACGGCUUCAUGGAAUGUUCCACAAGAUUGCAGAACAUCCUUGGAACGUCACAAUGCUGAAAUCGAGAAAUCUCAAAAGGGGCAUAAGAAGUGACAGAUGAACCUAUUCGGCAUAGAGGAAGACUUGGAGUACAGUUAAAUUAUGCAUUGAUUGAAACCUUUAUUCAUUAGUAUACUAGACUUUUUUUUUUUUUUCGCUUUAAAUUAAGUGUAUUUUACACUUGAAUAAAGCGAUUUGAAUGUGAAUUGUAAACAUGUUUUUAAUUUUUUUUCUUUUUUACAUAAAAUAAGACUGUAGCUGAUAAUAUACUUUUA